AUACAGCCAAGAUCUCGAAUUUCCUAAGCAAUUCUCCCAAAUCUAUGUAGAAUCUCACUAGCUAAUCCCCGGGUCUUGACACCCGGUCCAGCUGAGUUCUCUAUGGGCCGGUGCGGUCCACUCUGGGCCUUUAUCUUGCCCUACCCCGUCACUCUCUCGCCCUGGCUGUGGCUGGGACUGGAGCACUCAUCUCCGCGGCGCCGUGCGGCGUUCUCCGUUCCUCUCCGGCCCCUCCAGCCUCCGUCACCUCUCGCCGCCGAUCAGCAGCGCAUUAGCUUGGGACCUCGACCCAACCCUCCUCCGGGUGACCUCAUACCAUCGUUUUAACCCUCUCCGGGUCUUUUCCGUCGGCACCGCACGCCAUGCGCGCCGCUUGUUCGCGCAAAUGCCUGGCCGAGCUGCUCGGCCGCCUUGGCCAGGUCCAGGCGCAGGGCCAACCGCGCUGCCCCUCCCAGCUAUCUCCCGCGCGCUCCAUGACGCGCGGCCGGAGCGUGAACGAGCGGAGCAAGAAGAAGCGGGUGAACGACCUCGAGGUGGUCAUCGAGCGCUGCAAGGUGGUCUCCAAGGUGCUCGCCGUGGUGGACGCGCUCAAGAUGGAGGAGGAGCACGUCACCCCUCUCAAGCGCCUCGAGAUCCUGCGCCCGCAGCUCGGGCUCGCCAAGCCGCACAAGGUAGCCCACUUCGUGCACAGCUCGCCGCAGCUCUUCGAGGUCUGCCGUGACAGUCGCGGCGUCAUGUGGGCCGGCCUCUCUCCGCAGGCUGAGGCGCUCGUUGAGGAGGAGGCGCGCCUGCUGGAGGAGCACUCCCCCAUGGCUGCGGAGUACGUGACCAGGCUGCUCAUGAUGUCGGUGCAACGGCGCCUGCCCGUUGACAAGAUCGCGCAUUUCCGGCGUGACAUGGGGCUUCCUCAUGAUUUCCGGGCACGGUGGGUGCACUUGUUCCCUGAGCUCUUCAGGUUGGUCACACUGGAGGAUGGUGACUACUUGGAGCUUGUUUCCUGGAACCCAAACUGGGCGGUCACUGAGCAUGAGAAGAAUAUGGCAGCAUUGGCCGGUAACACCAAUGCCAUUUCCAAUGCUAGUACACCAGGAGAGCUCUCACUUCCAUUCCAGAUGAAGUUCCCACCAGAUUUUAAAAGUUACUACAAAUUUAGAGGAAAAGCUCAUCACUAUGUGAAAACCGGCAAUACCGAGCAGUUUCAGAAGACAACCUACCUGUCCCCUUAUGCAGAGGCAAAAGGUUUGACGCCUGGAUCUCAUGAGUUUGACAAGAGGGCAGUCGCGGUGAUGCAUGAGAUACUGAGCUUCAUGUUGGAGAAGAGGCUGGUAACUGACCACCUGACGCAUUUCCGUCGUGAGUUUGUUAUGCCACAGAAGCUGAUGAGGUUGCUACUGAAGCAUUAUGGUAUCUUCUAUGUGUCUGAGAGGGGGAAGCGGCUGAGCGUGUUCUUGACAGAGGCAUAUGAUGGGACAGAGUUGAUAAAAAAGGCUCCGCUGGUAAGGUGGAGAGAGAAGGUUCUUCGACUUACUGGUUACAGAGGAAAAAACAAGAAUAUUGGAAAAGUUCAUGAGUCGUCUGAUUCUGAGCACAUUUUGUUCGAUGCGAGCUCAUCAACAUGUGACAGUGGUAGCAGUGAUGACGAUGAUGCUGAUACUAUAUUGCAUGUCGAAAGUGAAGAUUCAGAUGAUUUCUUGGAUGAUGGCACUCUUACAGAUGAUGGUGAGAUGGAUGACGCUGGGGUGGGUUUUUUCUAGUGAGAAACAUGUUGAGAUGGUUUUAGGAGAUGUAAGUGAUUAUGCAGAGUCAGUGAAAUCCAGUUAGUAGCCUACUAGCCUAACAUAAUGAACAUUAAGCUCAUAAGCGAGCAGGAAGGUUUCAUAUGUGAGCUUGUUUAGGUUUUCCUUGGCUGAUGUUGAUGAUAUUGUGGUCAAUGAUCCAAACAUGGCUGGAUAUCCUGGAAAGUCAACGCUGCAGGAUCUCAUAACAUAUACCCCCUGUCUUGGAUCAACCAUGGUGAUGCUGUUGUUUACUACCUGAUGUCGAAGGUGGACUUUGAAUACCGGUAAGCAUGGAUGAUUGGCAUUGAUAUGAAAACAAAGACUCUGCAAGGGAGUGGCCUUGCUUUCCACCGAUAAAUCCCUCAAUUCCAGUCCUGCCUACCAUGCAUGUUCACUCUCUGGAUAUCUGGACAAGACUUCAAGUAAUUCUAUUGGGGGGUUACUCUUUACAACGCCGAUGCUCGUAGGAGUGCCUGCUCUUAGUCCUUUAGUUGACUGUUUUUUCAGUUCAUGUAUCAGUAUUGACGUAUUUGGGCUGGAAUAUUUUGUUCUGCACCGUUUGUGGUCGUUCAUCUACUAGCGGUGGAACCUGAGUAGGAACCAUGUGUUUUAAUGCACAUUUACAUGUAUGAUAAUUUGAUCUCAACCAGACUUGCCAUAACAGACGUAAGGUUAGCCAUAUCCUAUUGCUGUAAAACUGCCUGCAUCCAGUGAUAAUUCCGUGCUCAUUAGUGUAGUCUUUCACUUUUACUGGUUGGCAGACACUAAUGCUAAGUCUUCAGUCGCACUUGUAUUUCUUAUUUUUCUACAUUUCAACUUUAUCCACGUUUGCAAAAUAUUCGCAUACAGUUCUUUUCUGCUACAGCUGAGCAUAAUACUUUGCUUACUUUCCCCUCUGCAAAAAAGGGCAACUCGUUGUGCCCUUAUACCUCCUACAAUCUACAGAAGGGGCAUUUGUUAAUGUCCUUUGUUAAUUGCAAUUCUAAUUGUUGGUAUGGUACAUAGGUAUCUCUUAUGUGUCUCAGACAAGGCAAACCCCUAAGCGUGUUCUUGACGGAGGCAUAUUAUGGGACAUACUUGAUUAGAAAAAAGGCGCUGUUAUUGCGGUGGAAGGAGAAGGUCUUUAACUUACUGGUUAUAAAGGACAUAGGAAGAAUAGUACAAAAUGUUAUGGAUCGGCUGGUUGAGCAGGACUAUUUGUUUGGUGCUUGUGGAUUGUGGUGGACUGGUGAUGAUGAUGAUGCUAUACUGAAUCUCAAAAGUGAUAAGCCAGAUGAUGUCUUGGAUGAGGGCACUCUUUCGGAGGAUGCUGAGAUGUAUAAGUGUUAUAGCGGGUUUUAGCGGUUACACAGAGUGAGUUAGUGAAAUCCGGUUAGUAACCCAAUAUAAAGAACAAUUUUCUGUUUUAGUCCUGGACAUCAAGCCCUUAAGUGAUUCUGACAAUUAUUUCGAAAUUAGGGCUAUGGUUGGUUUCUAUCUUGAUGCUUAGGUGUACAUAUUAUAUUCACCUUGCUCAUUACUUGGAGACUUGGUGUCUGACAUGCUGUCCCAAGCUUGAAUACAGACUGGAUAUUUCAGGCUUGCAUUGAUUAUUUCUUAUGCUGAUCUACUUGUUCUGCUUUUUUCUUCGAAAAAGACCAUUGUGGUGAAUAUUCCUCA